GUUCACCGCGGCAACAAUACGAAUCGCUUCAAGUAUUCCCCUCCUCCGCUCCUGGCGUGUCUAUUUCAAGGGCCGGUUUAAAGCACAACUUAUCACAACGGAUUGACCAAACUCCACAAUUUCUCAGAGAACAGGCUGUAGAGUCUAGGACUAGUUUCAAUGUUCUACAUUAAGUUUCUAAGUCCCGGUAUUGUCCACAUGUGAUGCAAUGAAGUGACCACGUUGGAUCAGCUGCUAUCACCCUGACGUUUGGAUUACUGUAGGACAUAACGGGUUUUUCUAGCACUAAGCUCUAUAAUUAACCUCUUGUCAGAAUAGCUCAGUGAAAAGAGAGAGAGAGAGAGAGAGGGAGCACUCGAUCUAGAACCUUGGUCCAAUACCUUUAGGCGUUCCCUGGUAUAAAAGCCAGUAGCCAAUAUUAACCACAACAGUUGAACAGCAUCAUUCGAAUUGAAAACGUGUUUUAUGUUUGAAUAAAAACUUGCGAAGUGAAGUAAGUGGAUAUGAGAAUUUCUUACCAUCCUGAUCUAUUCUUUUAGAAGGAUAACACCAGAGCCUCUAGACGAUUCAUUACAGUAUUGCUUCAGUCAAGUUUACAUUCCACACUACAAUGGGACGUAAGGCCGGAACUCACGGGACACCUAUCGAAAGCGCCAUGGAAAAAUAUCACAGUGACAUCGGCAGUCGCCUGUCUGGUGUUUUUGUUCCUCAGACCAACAGCGACCUGUCCGAAGACUUCUGUCAGUUGACUCUGGACACCAGGCACAGAAACAGCAUUAAGGUGAAGCGUGCAGAGGCGCCAGUGAGCACUCCACUCACUACGUACAAGUCCUCCUCCUCUGGAGUGAGCACCUCAUCCAGCACUCACAGUGAACACGAAUCUGCAACUAAAGACAAAACAAGGCUGGUGGACAAACUCACUCGUGCCCUGUUUCAGAAAAAGCACAUGUGCGCUCGUUGCCAGCGUCGGAGCCGAAGCUGUUUGCCCAACAAAAGCUUUACACACAGAGAGAAGCGCUACACUUGUGCUACCUGUCGCCAGCAGUCCCAUGCCGUAAGACAUUUGUUUGGGCAAUCGGUCAACAAACUUUCCUCCAGUUAUAACAAACAAUCAACGACAUCGAAAGGGUUAUCUGAGGUUACCGCGGCAUCCACAGAACACCCCCAGCACCGAACACAAAACACAGACUCCGGAUACGACACUGUGACUUCAUGCUCUACCGUGUCCUCAGCCAGCUCCGCCUUUACAAACACUUUCAAUUCCAGCAAAGGGAAUUCCCAACAGUGCGAACCCGACAGUCAAUCUCAGAUCUACAAAGCCCCAGAAAUAACCAAACCCAGAAACGUCCCCAAUAUCACAAACUCUCCGCACUUUCAUCUCAAAGGCCUGGCUCAAGACGGGCAACUCUGCCUCGACCCUAACCCAAAAGAACAGAAGCUAGGAAACGCCUAUGACGGCUACCUCCCUGACAUUGACUACGAGAGGCUAGAGAAGUAUUUGCUGACCCCAACUUCAACACCUCUGCAAGACGCUACCAAUUUUGAAGGGCGUACUUUUCAUGAGCACCCCACCAAGGACACAAUGGUGAAGGCAUGCUACACCUGCAGUGCUACCAACAAAAUCUGCUUCAGACUACCCUGGGAAGGAGGUUGGUUGUGUGAGGACUGUUUGGAUCGAGUUCACUAACUGCUUUUACAAACAGUAUAAAUGAGACACAUUCAAUGGAUUAACAACUUCAAAAUACACUAGAAAUAGUCUAAAUGAAACAUUCAAAGGAUUAACAACUUCAAGAUACAAUCAUUCACUAUUUCUGAGAUUAUUAACAUUUGUCUUUAAUCUCUUGACUUUGUAAUAAGUGAGACACAGGUGUACAUCAGUGUAUUUAGUGGAUGUAUGGGGAAUGUAGAUAACCAACUAGUUUUGUUAUGUGAGCUAUUGAAUUAUCAACAAACUUUGGGUUGAGUUACAACCUGUCACUUCUGUACUUAUUCUGUCUAUUUCCUUGUGCUUUUUAUAGAGUUAUUUGGUUACACAUUUGAAAGUAUUAAGAGGAAUGGUGGCAAGUUAUUAACAAAAUUGUAUUUACAAUAAGAUUCAUUAACAGAGAUCGUUAAUACUAUUGUUAUAUAGCCCACAUUAAACUUACGAGAUGCCCUCUGACUUUCGUUUGAACUAGCCAGAGAUCUAGAUCUAAGUGCAGACUUUUGGGUAACAACUAACUAGCUAGAGAUCUAGAUCUAAGUGCAGACUUUUGGGUAACAACUAACUAGCUAGAGAUCUAGAUCUAAGUGCAGACUUUUGGGUAACAACUAACUAGCUAGAGAUCUAGAUUUAAGUGCAGACUUUUGGGUAACAACUAACUAGCCAGAGAUCUAGAUCUAAGUGCAGACUUUUGGGUAACAACUAACUAGCUAGAGAUCUAGAUUUAAGUGCAGACUUUUGGGUAACAACUAACUAGCUAGAGAUCUAGAUUUAAGUGCAGACUUUUGGGUAACAACUAACUAGCCAGAGAUCUAGAUCUAAAUGCAGACUUUUGGGUAACAACUAACUAGCCAGAGAUCUAGAUUUAAGUGCAAAUCGUGACUGCAGAAUGUUUCAAGGGGAAACUACUCCAUUAUUUCUUGUUAUUGCUUGCACCUUUGAAGAGCUUUAAUUAAUUGACUUGACCCCCCCCCUUCCCCGCUCUCCCAUUUAAAUGAUCUCGAUCAGAUUGUGGAUGAAAGCAAGCACUUUCUGUAAUUAAGAUCGAUAUGAAAUGUUUUGAAACAUAUGGUGUUAUUUAUAAUGGUAUCAUUGAGCUAUACGCCGGAAGGAGAAUACAGAUAGAUUUAACUCUGAACGCCAGACUUUUUUUUUAGAAAAACAUCGACAUCUAGCUGAAAAAUGUCACCAAAAUUUCCUGAAAUACAUUGAGCAUAUUUGAUUAUGUACUUUUUAUUAUAGGUAGCUGUUACGUAGUACCUGAUGCCUACACUUAAACUUUUGAUUAUUACCAAGUAUAAUUGUUGAUUUAAUGUUAUAGAAAGAAAUGUACCACCAAGGGAAGCAACUCAUUCGCACUCCCACAUAAGCAGUUACCUUACCGAGACCAAGGGGCGCCACUCCUACAGAUUUUUUUUUACCUUAGGCGUUCCAAGCAUACCACACGGUCCAAUCCCUCUCCUUUAUAUCUGCAAGCUGUGUGCAGAAUUAAAUAAGAGCGACUUCACAUUAUCUCCCCCUAGAUCUAUUAGUACACAAUCGAGGUGGGGUGCAAGCUUGUGGAUGUGUCAGUAUUACUGCAGACUAGUCAACCCUUGAACUAAACGCAAGUAUUUCUUUUAAUAAGAUGUUGUUUUUUUUUAUUCUAGAGCCUAGCAAUAACUUGUCUGCGAAAUGCAAACAACGUAAUGAUGUCAUAAUGAUUUUUUUUUUUGAGUGAGACUUCUUUUCUCUAAAUUGUAAAUCAAAGUAAUUGACUUGUGCUAUGCAUGAUUAGCGCUCUGAUGUGUACAUCCUAUGUCUUAAGACAAGCACACACAAUGUCUAUUGAUGACACAUUGAUUGUAUCCAAUCAACAGGUGCAAUACGUCCACUGGAUGGACACACACAAUCUUCUGUUCAAUUAGUGUCACAGAUUGUGUUUUAUUGUGUAUAUAGUUAUAAUGUACAAAGACUUUUUGUGUAAAUAGUUUGUUGACCCAAACAUGCAAAUGAUCAUGUUCUAAAUAAAAUGUUCUUUUGAAAAGUAAAAAAAAAACAACUG